UUUUUUUUUCAAAGAAUGGGCCCGCGCCUCGGUUCCCAUGUCCUCUGGACUCCCAGACCCGCAGCACAGCUACCCCCACCUCCCGGGCCGCCCGCGCUCCUCCCACGGCCCGCCCCGGAGCAGCGGCCCCUUCCUGUCGCUAUUACCCGCCUGGGCCCGGCGCUAAAUUCAAAAGCGGAAGCGGCUGAUGCCGGAAACGAACGCUCGCGGGAGGGCGCCGCACUGGGGACCCCGUGUCCACUUCCGGCAGCACGCGACAUGGCCGCCGGCGGGGAGCGCGAGGCGGCCCGGCAGCACGUGUUCUUGCUUCCAGAGUAUUUGAAAGAUACUUCAAAGAAAAUGAAAAGUGGUCUGAUGUUUGUAAAACUAGCUAACCCAUGCUCAGGGGAAGGAGUCAUUUACUUGUUCAAUAUGUGUCUACCGCAGCUGUUUGAAAUCAAAGUUUUCAAGGAAAAACACCACUCUUGGUUUAUAAAUCAGUCAGUUCAAUCAGGGGGCCUUCUCCACUUCGCCACGCCCAUGGAUCCUCUGUUUCUGCUCCUCCACUAUCUCAUAAAGGCUGACAAAGAGGGAAAGUAUCAACCCUUAGAUCAAGUUGUGGUGGAUGACGAGUUUCCAAAUUGCAUCUUGUUGCUGAAACUUCCUGAGCUUGAAAAGUUACUUCGCCAUGUGACCGAGGAUAAAGAAAUAAGCAACAAGAAAUAUUAUAAGUAUAGCAAAGAGAAGACAUUAAAGUGGCUGGAAAAAAAGGUCAGUCAGACUGUGGCAGCAUUGAAAACCAGUAAUGUCAAUGUUGGAGCCCGGGUACAGUCAGCUGCAUUUUUCUCUGGCAGUCAGGUUUCCAGGGACAAGGAAGAAGAUUAUGUUCGUUAUGCCUAUGGUCUGAUCUCUGAUUACAUCCCUAAAGAAUUAAGUGAUGACCUAUCUAAGUACUUAAAGCUUCCAGAACCUUCAGCUUCAUUGCCAAACUCUCCAUCAAAGGUGGCAGUACAAAGACGGAAAAGGGGCAAGUAACAAGUGAUGCAGCCCCACGGGGACGUGGCUGCUUUGUGUGCAACUUCAGACACUGCAAAGGGCUAAGACUUUUUCUUCUGUGUUUUCAAGAAAGUUCUGCAGUUUCAAGAAAACCAAUGAGGAAUGCUUUAUUUCUUGAUCAAUAAUGGCCAUUUCUCCUGGGAGCUGUCUGCAAGGCAUUCCAUCCUGGAGUUUAAAGCUACCCUAGAUUGUGGACCUGAGGUGUUCGCCUCAUCUUCUGUUCCAAUCCAGUCCCUAUAAAAGCAUAAUUCCUUCCAUUCUAAUGACUCAGACUUCAAAAUGCCAAGAAGAGAAGGCUCACUGUGAAAUUAGGAUCAUUCUUCUAGCCUGACCACAUUGGCUUGUUCCUGUUGGAUCAUGUGCCUCCAUGCUGACAUAAGCACUUUAAUCCACACUAAAGACUGGCGAACUGAGUUUCAACCCUGUAAACCCUCUCCGAAACCUGGCCUCUCUUCACUCCUUACCAACUUGGCAGUUUCUAAGGCAAUAAUGAUGCCUAAAUAUGUAUA